AUGUUUGUAUCAAUAUUUGACAUAGAUGCUGCAGUUAUUAAAGAAAAGGUGAAAUCAGCCCCUGCAAAGAAAAAAGCUGACAUUCACAAAGAAAACGCCAAAGCAGCUUCAUCAAAGAAAGAGUCCAAGGAAACUAAGGAACAAGACAAACCAGAGCCUUCAAAAGAAGAUGCUGAAGCAAAAGAAAAGGAGAAAUUAACUCCAGAAAAGAAAGAUGCUGCAGUUAUUAAAGAAAAGGUCAAAUCAGCCCCUGCAAAGAAAGAUGCUGCAGUUAUUAAAGAAAAGGUGAAAUCAGCCCCUGCAAAGAAAGAAGCUGAAAUUCACAAAGAAAACGCCAAAGCAGCUUCAUCAAAGAAAGAGUCCAAGGAAACUAAGGAACAAGCCAAACCAGAGCCUUCAAAAGAAGAUGCUGAAGCAAAAGAAAAGGAGAAAUUAACUCCAGAAAAGAAAGGUAUGAAAUGAUUUUUGAAUUGUUCUUUUUCUGUUUAUUCAAAUAA